AUGCCUGCCUUGUGCUCAUGUUUGAGAAGAGGGGCCAAACACCUGCACCCCAGUUUAUUGACUCCUUCUCGCUUCGCCAAGGAUGCCUUGCUGGUUUAUACGAGGAUGCCUGCCAAGGCUUCGCCCAAGGAUGCCGAUGCAUCAGCCAGGAGUGGUCACUACAGUUCUAGUUCCAGUGCGGGUCACACUGAGAACAGAACCUCUCACCCCUGCGAUGCAGGAGUAGCCAGCCCCUGCCCCUGCUCCUGCUCCUGCCCUCUGUUCUCCUGUGGGUGGCAGGGGGACCUGGAGGUGGUGGCGCUCCACCUCAAAGACACACACAGGGCCUCCACCCUCCAGGGGCAGCGCAUCGUGUUCCUGGCGGCAGACGUCCACCUCCUGGAUGCAGAGGACUGGGUGACGGUGCAGUCCUGCCUGGGGCAGCAAUUCCUGUUGGUGCUAAAAAAGCAGGAGCGGCGACAGGGACACCAGCAGUACUUUGCUGCUGUCAUGCUGCUGGGUCCCAGCAGGGUGGCUGAAAGGUUCACCUACAGGCUGGAGCUGAGCAGCGAACGCAGGCGACUGAGCUGGGAGUCUGCUGUGCGAUCCUUCGCCGAGGGGCUCGGCACUGUGAUAGCAGAGAGUGACUGCCUAGUACUCAAUGCCUCUCUUGCUCACCUCUUCUCAGACAAAGGGAAACUGGGGAUCCGUAUUUCAAUAUCUGCUGACAAACAGGCUUAACGCAUCUUUUACAUUUUAACAAAAAAAUCUGCAGACAGUAUGGAGCUACAUGCUAAUCCUUAACCUGGUACUGAAAUGGUGAAGAUGGAAAGCUGGGGUCGCAACUUGCCAGCAGGUUUCAGAGUAAAUCCAUACGUUGCUUUCAAAGUGUUAAAACCUGAAGAGAAAAAAAAACACUGGCCCUGUGAGAUUAACAAAUGUUGCAUAACUUAGCAUUGAAUAACUCUUUAGUUACAUUCAGUCCUGAAGAAUUAUGGGAAAUCUUGAGGAAAAAGAAAGACUUUUUAUUUUUUUUACUUUGUCAUUACAGUUAUAUCCUCAUCAAUUGCUUUACAUUGCAGAACUUGAUGUGAAAAAGUUGGUUAGGUGUGGUGUUUUUAGUGCUGCCAAUGAGAAAAAAUUCAUUGAAAAAGAAAUUUUCAUAAAAGCAGCAGCACUUUGGUUAAGUACAUCCUGGAGGAGUUGAACAGAAGCACUUCAGGUCAGAAACUAGCUACUACAGGAUAUUACCAAAGCACAUGCAGAUUGGGCCCUAUCAUACACCGGUUUUUGCAUUUUGUGUAAAUCUCCAUGUUAUUGUUGGUAUAAAAUGUAUCGCCUCCCUUAUUUUUUAUCACAGAUCAUUUGCACAUUUUUUUGCGGUUUCCCCAUGAUUUUCCCAUGGUUACACUGUACAUUUACCAUAGGUUAUCAUGGUUUACCAUGUUUUUUUAAUAUGUUUGCUUUGCCAUUCCUGUGGUUUAUUUUACUAUGCUUUUACUAUGGCAAACAGGGCUAUUGGGGUCUAUUCAAUUAAUCUAAACAGUGGCUAAAUACAGUCAUAGAGAUUAUUCAAAUAGAUACCAAUUUAUAAAACUCAAAUGUGUAACAGCGCAUAUUUGGUGCUGUUUGGAAUAAUAUACCUAUUUAUUGAGUCAAAGUAUUUAGUAAGUUUAAAUCAAAUAAAAUCAAACUGCAAGAACAUCAUGUAUUGUUUCCAUGCAUCAUAAAAAUAAGGAACAGAUUUUUAUUUUGGGGCUGCAAUAAGCUUUUUUUUUCUACUAUAACACAGAUGUGUUAAUAAAACAUAUGCACUUAAAAAACGGAAGGUGUAGUUUACGAGAACAGGGAGCCUUAAACCCAAUUACGGUAGCUGUAAAGGUUGGGUACAAACAGGACUCUAGUGGAAACAAAAUCUUAUAACUCAGUCAUGAUCUCUAUUGCUUGUAUCACAGUUCCAGAGUCAGUGCCAAGCAUACAUGCACAAGUCUGGCUCUAGCGGUAUCAUAUGCACUACUUUUAAAUGUGUAUCUUGUAUUGUAUAAACAUUUUUUUUUUUUUUAUAAUGAAAGGUCAAGCUUCUGUGAGGAUGCCUAUGACGCACUUCUGGUCUGGACUUGGGUCUUUUCUGCUUAUUUUCUUUCCUGUUGAUCACAGAGCAAACUAUUUACUUGCUCAGUACAAUGAGAAAAUUAAGAUGAAAUAAAGCAAAUCUGAUUUCAGACUUGUAGGAGAAAUGGGAUUCAGAAGUGUUAGUAAAUGUUUUUCCUGCCCAGUGAACACAAAUGGACUGUGCAGCUGACCUUGGUAAAAUGAGAUGGAACUGCGAGACGGCGUGCCAGCCAGAUAGUUAUCUGUUAAGUUGCCCUUGGCAAUGUAGAGAUUUGGAUUAUUUUUUACAUUUAUUUUCUCCUUAUGACAAGCCAUCUGUAAAACAGGAUCCACAGCAGUGAAGUCCACUGUAAACAAUGACUGUAACAGAAAUACGGAUCCAAUGAGAAUCUUUUUAAAUUGCUAUGAACUGUGAAUGUUUUACCCCU